AUGAAGUUAUCAAUCGCAACUGUCGCCGUCGCUGCUGCUAUCGCAACUACCUCUUACGCUGCUCCACAACCAGGUCAUGGCCAUGGUAUUGAACAUGGUCACGGACACGAACAUGGUCACUUUGCUCGUUUCGAAGGUCUUCACCCACACGGACACCACGGACAUGAACAUGGCCCAAGAGGCUUUGAAGGUGGCCACCACGAUCACCAUGAUCACCACGGCCACCACAAGCGUCAAGAAGACGAGGAAAAGAAGCACGCAGUUGUUGGUAAGAAGAAGGAAGACGAGGAUCGCCAACACGAAGUAAGAGGCUUCGAACAUGGACACGGCCACCACGAGCAUGGCCACGGUCCAAGAGGCUUCGAGGGUGCGCACCAUGGUCACCACGAACAUGGCCACGGCCCAAGGGGUUUUGAAGGAGGACACCAUGGCCAUCACGAGCAUGAACACCACCACAAGAGACAAGAAGGUGGCUUUGAAGGACAUGGUCACGGUCAUGGACAUGGUCAUGGACACCCACACAAGCGCGACAAGAUGUCUCAACACGAAUUCGAACGUCGCAUCCCACACGACAAACACGGCCAUCACUCAGGUGCUAUGGGUGUCAUCACCUCUCCACUAGUAUUGGUCGGCUCUGCACUCGUCGCUCUCUUCAAUUUCAACUGA